UUAACAUUAACUUAACCACGCUACCCAGCCUGUACACAUCUCUCUCUCUCUCUCUCCCCCUCUGUGUGUUUCUCACUCUCUCUCACACAGUCAGUCACUCUCCUCUCAACCCACAGACAAAAGAAAGAAAAGGAAAAAAAAAAAUGCAGCUUCUCCAACUCACACACUAACCCCCAAAACCAACCAAUGCCUAGAAAUUACACUUAAAAACUCCAAAACUCACGAACCCAUUUCCUGUCUCUCUUUCUCUCUCUCUCUGUCCUGUAGAGACAACCUGGGUUUUCUCCAAUCUGGGUUCCCAAAAUGAAGCCUCAAACGCUUCCCAUUUUGGUUUUUACUUUUCUCACAAUAUUGUUCCCUUUUUCAAAACCAGAUCUGGCCUCUGACCGAUCUGCACUCUUGGCUCUUCGCUCUGCUGUCGGUGGGAGAACCCUUCUAUGGAACAUAACAGAGACCAGUCCAUGCCUUUGGGCUGGUGUUAUUUGUGAGCAAAACCGAGUCGCAGUGCUCCGUCUUCCUGGUGUGGCUCUCUCAGGCCAACUUCCCAAUGGCAUUUUCGGAAACCUCACUCGUCUCCGCACUCUCAGUCUUCGUCUCAACGCUCUCACUGGUUCACCUCCUUCUGAUCUCGCUGCUUGCGUCAACUUGCGCAACCUGUACUUGCAAGGUAAUCUCUUUUCCGGUGAUAUACCUGAGUUUCUGUUUACUCUUCAUGACCUUGUUCGGCUUAACCUUGCUUCCAACAAUUUCUCUGGGGAGAUCUCUUCGGGUUUCAACAAUUUGACAAGGUUAAAGACUUUGUUUUUGGAGAGUAAUUCACUGACCGGUUCGAUUCCACCCGGGUUUGAUGUUCCAAGUCUUCAGCAGUUCAAUGUGUCCAACAAUCAGCUUAAUGGGUCUGUGCCAAGCAAAUUGCAGACUUUUUCGAAGGACUCGUUUUUGGGUACCUCACUCUGUGGGGGUCCCUUAGAUUCUUGUCCUGGAAAUGCCACUAUUCCAAGCGCUGGCGGUGGCGCUGGCGGUGGAAGCAACAACAAGAAGAAGUUGUCUGGUGGUGCAAUUGCGGGUAUUGCAAUUGGAUCUGUAUUGGGUUUUCUGUUACUAGUAGCAAUUUUGAUAUUGUUGUGCCGAAAGAAGAGUAGUAGUAAGAAGGGGAGCACGGUCGACAUUGCUACGGUGAAGCACCCAGAAGUGGAGAUUCCCGGCGAGAAAUCAGUGAGGGAGGUUGAGAAUGGCGGGUAUGGAAAUGGGUAUUCGGUGGCUGCUGCGGCAGCUGCGGCUAUGACCGGGACCGCGAAGGCGGAAGCAAACGGUGGAGGGGCUGGUGCUAAGAAGUUGGUGUUUUUCGGGAAUGCGGCAAGGGUGUUCGAUUUGGAGGAUUUGUUGAGGGCCUCGGCGGAGGUGUUGGGGAAGGGGACUUUUGGGACGGCCUACAAGGCGGUUUUGGAGAUGGGGACGGUUGUGGCUGUGAAGAGGUUGAAGGAUGUGACAAUUACUGAGAAGGAGUUCAGGGACAAGAUUGAGUCUGUGGGAGCAAUGGAUCAUCAGAAUUUGGUCCCUCUCAGGGCUUAUUAUUUUAGCAGGGACGAGAAGCUGCUUGUCUAUGAUUACAUGGCUAUGGGAAGCUUAUCUGCUCUCUUACAUGGAAACAAAGGAGCAGGAAGAACUCCAUUGAAUUGGGAAAUCAGGUCUGCCAUUGCCCUUGGAGCUGCUCGUGGCAUUGAAUAUCUGCACUCUCAAGGCGCCAACAUCUCUCAUGGAAACAUAAAAUCUUCCAAUAUCCUUCUAACCAAAUCCUAUGAUGCCCGAGUUUCAGAUUUUGGUCUUGCACACCUUGUUGGGCCCUCCGCCACUCCCAACCGAGUUGCUGGCUACCGUGCCCCUGAAGUCACUGACCCUCGGAAAGUGUCCCAGAAGGCAGAUGUUUAUAGUUUUGGCGUAUUGCUCUUGGAACUGCUAACUGGGAAGGCCCCCACUCAUGCCCUUUUGAAUGAGGAAGGAGUUGACCUACCCAGAUGGGUGCAGUCCAUAGUUCGAGAGGAGUGGACUUCUGAGGUUUUUGAUCUUGAGCUCCUCAGGUACCAGAGUGUCGAGGAGGAGAUGGUUCAGCUCUUGCAGCUUGCAGUAGAUUGUGCAGCCCAAUAUCCCGACAAACGCCCAUCCAUGUCUGAAGCAACAAGACGCAUUGAGGAAUUAUGCCGUUCUAGCUUGCGAGAAGAUCAGGACCCACAACCCGAUUACAUCAAUGUUGCAGCAGAUGAUGUGUCUUCUCGGUGAGUUCCUUGGGCCCUGCCAACAUAUUCUCCAAAUGGAUUGUAGAAGAAACUUCAUUGCUUUGUUAUGCCCAUAUCUUGCGUGGUAAAUUCUGGUGUUUUGGUUGUAUCAUUUGAAUCCGGGCCUCCUCAUCUUCUUUAAUCAACUGUCAAUUGUAUUUUUUCUUUUGCUUAUUUUAUUCCCCAUUGUACUAGUUUUCCUUUUUUCCUUUUUCUUUUUUUUUGAUUAAUACUCUCGGGUGGAUAUCUGUUCCAUUAGUUAUUGUUGGGUGGAUGAUGGUGGUUGUAAUUAUUACUUGUGCUUUUACUUUUGUUGCAACUUUUUAGUCUGAAGUUGAGAUGUUAUAGUUGCUUUUA